AUGAACUCAAGAAGCAACUUUAUUAAGAGAAUAAGCAGGUGCCCGCCCGUCCCGGCCGGCCGGGUGUCGGCUUUGCAGCACUGCGACCCCCUGCACCCCCGCCAACAUGGAGCUGCUCGCGGCAGGAGCGAGCAGAUCGUCGUCUGCAGCCUGUGCCCGGCCUCGGCGCCACCCACGUCCGGACCGCGGUUGCCCUGGCGGCUGGGGGCUGGGGGCGGGCGCUGUUCCGAUGGGCGAACCCGCCCGGCUCAGCUCUCAGUGCGGAAAUGCACAGACAAACAUGAAUGGAUAACAACAGAAAACGGUACUGGAACAGUGGGAAUCAGCAAUUUUGCACAGGAAGCUUUGGGAGAUGUUUACUGUAAUCUUCCUGAGGUUGGGACAAAAUUGAACAAACAAGAGGAGUUUGGUGCUUUGGAAAGUGUGAAAGCUGCUAGUGAACUUUGUUCUCCUCUAUCAGAAGUAACAGAAAUUAAUGAACCUCUUGCAGAAAAUCCAGGACUUAUCAACAAAUCUUGUUUUGAAGAUGGCUGGCUGAUCAAGAUGACACUAAGUAAACCUUCAGCACUUGAUGAACUAAUAAGUGAAGAACAUGCGAAAUAUAUAACAUCUACUGAAGAGUGA